AUGGAGAUCCGGUGGGUGUACAAUCUAAAGCUGAUGCUGCUUCUAAUUCUCAUCACCAUACCCGUUAUCCGUGCAUCGUCGAAAGAACAAAAGCAGCACGAAAAGUUGGAAAACCCUCCCAGAGCAUCCCCCAGCAAAUGGGACCCUUCUGCCGGGGUAGAAAGCGACACGCAUCCCGAUUCCGGUCACUUUCGAUUGGUAGACGACGAGCUAAUUGCUGCGCGUGCUGGCACAGAGUCGUCGCCUUCGUCCACGCACAACACACCCAAGAAGCGCCUACUGGGCAAGGAAAGCAAAAAGUACCGGAAAAAGUACGUGUCCGAGGAUGAUUAUCGAAAAUCGAUGCCACACGCCGACCAACAGUCGGCGACCACCGCCGGCACUGCCCCGUCCAGCUUCACCGGCGAUACCGUGCAAAGGCAAACGAGUGGAACGGCCAAAUCCAGCGAACCGCACAGCAGAAAGAAGCGCCUGAUCUGGGUUACGGACGAUGGUCGGUUAGCGUUGCCACCCGGUACGUCACUAACGAUUGCGCCGACGAUCGCGCUACCGUUUGUGCGUUACCCACCGACCGGCUUUCUGUCCAACAUCUCGAUCAGUUUGCCCAUAACGAUUGACUUCGAUAAGCUGGGCCUGACGGAUAACCAGAAUCCGCUCGGUGUGUUGCCGCCACUGUUUGCCCGAUCGAUGGGCCAGGCAGCCGGAUCAGUACUGGCGGACUAUGUGUCGGACUACAUGAGAUUGCAGAGACGGAAGCGUAGCGUUCCCAGCUCUUCGAAUGAUCACUUCAAGAUCACCACCAACCGGUUAGAUGACGAGGAUGGAGAUCAGUCAAUGCCACAGCUUCCGGCAGAGCAUAAGCAUGCGUUCCAUGGUGGAGAACGAGCGCUCCUGUACGUGGUGGUGGAAGAUUUCAUUGCAAACUUUGGUCUGGACGGGAGAGCAUGUAUGCUGCGUGCCAUAUGCGAGGUCCAUUCGAAAUCAAUCGAAAAGUUCGGCCUGAUCGGAGAGAUGCUGAAGCUAUUCUUCACAGCAUCAUUGUCGCCAUAUUCCGAGCAUUUAGACGAGUACGUCACGGCGGAAAAGAUUGGACGAGGCCAGGAUGGACCUGGGGAAUGCUUCCCUUACUACAAGGACUGCCCGCGAAGUUUGUUCCGUUCGUCAAAUAACUUCCAACAUAUGUAUCAGCAACCGGAGCAGCGGCAUCGAACAUCUGACGGGGAUCGUGAUUUAGACGAUGAGGAGCACUUCGAUAAUGAGAUCCCGCGCGAUCUCAGGGAGGAAACGGAAUAUCCGGUGCGUGAGCCACGGGCCGCGAGUUCGCGAAGCAGCAACACCAAAGAAAACACGAUCGUACAGCUGGAGCAGCACGAUCUCGCGGAGAUGGCAAUGUAG